UCAAAUAGAUAUGUAGCGGUACGCGCGUAAUUCACGCAGCAUAGACCAAACAGUAGUCGGAUUACUUUUGAUUUUUAUUAAAAUUAUUAUUAAUAGUCAUUAGUUUUUAUAAUUAUAAUUAUUAUUAUAUUAUUUAAUCGAUGGUUUUCAAACUCGUAGCGGUAUAUUUUUUAGUUGUUUGCCCGUUUAACAGUGAUGGAGAGAGAACAGCGAAAGAAAGUAAGGAACAUAUAUUAUUAUGUAUAUUUUAAAUUUUAGUGAUAUUUCAAUUAACGUUUCGAAGGAAAUAUUGGUUUUUCUGCCUUCAAUCCUAAACUGUGCACGAAUGUCACACAAAUAAGACGUUUUCACUUGGUAAUUUACCAAAAUAUUUGAAGUAAAAAUAUUCCACCGGGGCUAACCAAAAAGUGUUCACCUGGUAUUAAUAGUAUCGUCUCAAUAGUUACUUUCAAUUUUAUUAAUAAUUUUCAUUUCAUUUUGAAAUUUAUUAUUAUUUUUUUCUUUUUUCCGGAAUGAACUCUAAAUAACAAUGGAUAUGAAUUUUAAUGCACUUAUGUGAUAAUAAUAAAUAAUGAAUGGGGAAUACAUUAAGAACUUUUUAAAAUUAAUUUCCAAAACAGCGAGUGCAUCUAACUUAACUUACUGAUUGUUAAAAUAAUUGGACAUUUUUAGCUCAUUUUCCGGGCUAUCAUUUUUGUGGACCCGGAACAAAUUUUUUGGAACGCAUCUCUCGUGGUCAACUCGGUAUCAAUAAAUUAGACGAAGCAUGCCGAUUGCACGACUCGGUAUACACUAGUAGUACGGACUUGAAAUUGAGAAUAGACGCCGAUAUAAAACUGGAGAUGCAAGCAUGGGAUAGGGUGAUAGCGAAGGAUAGCAACUAUAAAGAAAAAAUUGCAGCAUGGAUGGUGACGAACAUUAUAAAGAUGAAACGGAAAUGGAAUACUCGACUUUUACGACGUCGGCGUGACUACACGAAAAGAAACGUAAGAAAUUGUCUUUUACAAAAUGUAAUUUAAUGUUCGUAAUAAUCAAAACUUCCAAAUAAUAAUACAAAUUAAAAAUAAGUAGGCAGGCACUAACAAAUUUGAACGAAAAAUGUCUCAAUACCUUGAUUUAAUUUUGUUCUUUCAUUUUUUUUUUUUUAAAUAUUUGAUAGCGUUUUUUAAUUAAUAUACUUAAUAAACUUAUGUAAAAGAUUAUAUUUCGCUACACCAUUAUGUCUAAUGAAUAUAAUUCAUUUGUUAUCGGAUUUCAAAACGAAUCGAAAAGAUCAUAGCUAUAUUAAUUUACUUUAUCGGUUAUUUGGAAACACUGAAAAAUCAGUGUUUUAUACAUACAAACAUAAUACAUGGAAUGAAAAAUCGUUAAAUGAAUCAUUUCGACGUUAGAGCAAAUAUGUUCUUUUAAGACGCACGCACGUACGUGGUAAAAUCGGUAAUAAUUAAUUUAAUUUUUCCCAGAAGCUAAGUUUUAUCUCGCAUCAAUAAUAAUUGAAAAAAAAAAACGAAACCAUAAUAACAAUUAGUCGUACACAAUUAUUUCGCGUGUCUCUAAUUGCAGGGUCUCGUGGAUUCACCCCGCCAACGGAUGUUUCUUCAACACAAAUCAGUGUAUUUGUACUUAAAAUUGUAACGCCAGAUAAUAUUUGGUGUAUAAUAUUAUAUAUACCCUGUUCAAAACUCAAACAAAAACAAUUCGAUAAUGGCAAAAUAUUAACGGAAUAAAUUGUUUAUAUCCUUUGAAAUUUACUUUUUACUCGCUCACAAAGUUCACGACAUCGGGUCAAAAUCUCCCAACGGCCACUAUUAUAAUAUACUUCAUACUUUUUUUGUAAUGCCAAUAAUUAUUUUCAUGAUAUUCUUUAUCUACACCGCCUAUUUCGCACAUUUACAAUUAAGCUGCAGGCGUACGUACGUUAACUAGUCGAAUUUUUUCCAAGUUAUUUAAUUUCUGAAAUUUUAUCUCAAGAAUUUUCCUAAACUCAACAAAUAUGUUUUUUUAGUACAACUUGAGUGUGUACAUUAAAUUCAUUAUGCAUACAUAGUACCAAUCAAAUAUCAUAACAUUUUAUUGUUUGGAAUUUUCUCCGAAAAAUAUGAACGACCAGAAAUUUCUAUUUUAAACAUUGUGGAAAUUGCACGCAAACUAUUUCUCUGUGGAGUGGAGCGGUGCCAAAUGGUUUUAACCAAUAUUUCACAUUAUCAUAUACAGAUACGCAUUAAAUUCAUUUAAAUUCACGCUUUCUACAACAGCUGGGUAUAUAGAUACCAUUUCAUACGGGUGCAGUCUGCACGGCUACUAUAUGCGAUUCCAGGGCGACUGACAAAUCACCUGUUUAAUAUUAUACUUAUUCAAAUUUAUUGACCACAACAAAGACCUGUUUUAUGCGGUUUCGGCAACUUUCUACACGGUGUACCCACUGUUUUUUAUUUAUUUUUUUUUUUAUGUUUGUUGUUUAUGUCUUCAUUUUCCGGGUUGAUCCAAAUAAAGUCAUUUUGUUUUUGUUUCAACUACUCGUAUGCGAUACACAUUGUCGAUGGGCCAACAAUCAUUUUUUACAAACUAUUAUUAGGUACUAUUAUAGUCCGUGGUGCCGUAGUGGGUAAUUUGAAUUAUUUCCAAAACCAUAGUAACACAAAAUGAAUGAUAUUUGUUUUUUAAUGAGUUGUUUCAGUCUUUUGCUAUUGUCGCUGAAAUAGGUACCCGUCCGAUGACCGUUAUGUAUUUUACAAAAGUGACUAAACUCUGCCAAUGAAAUAUGUGAAUACGUUAAAAUUCCUCCGGUUUUCUAUUUGAUUGAAUUACUGCAGUUCUCGAAUAAUUUAUGGAACGUGGGUGCAAGACUUUUUUAAUUUUUUCCCAUACAGAUAUGAACAAAGGGAUCCAUAAUCCAAUUAACUCAAAAAAAUAGUAUAAUUGUUAUGAAAAACUGAAAUAUAUUACAAUAUUUGUUUCAGUUUUUAAUAAAAAGUGUCAUUAUAAAAUAUGUUGAUUAAAUUAGUUUCUUAUUUUAUGAAAUCAAUCAAUUAAUUUGCAAACACUUGCCGUGGUUAGGGAUGCGGGUUACCUAUUUUUCUUUAUAAAAUAAAUAAUUCGUUUACUUCCGUCUACUUUUCUCAAUGCCCAUGUUUAUGUUAUGCAUAUUGUAACAGUAAAUAUCAUAAGUCUAUUAAUAAUAAUAACAAUAAUAAUAAUAAUAAUAAUAAUAAUAAAUAACAAUAAUAAUGAUAAUAAUCAAACAAUUAAUGUUUAAUGUUUCUUCUUAUCCCUACAUAUAGAUUAUGAACGAAAAAUAAAAACGUUCAAUAUUCCGACGACGACAAUCAUUUAUUUCAAACAUCGAUAUAAUAAUUGCAGCACGAAAAUAAGUUGAAAUCAUUGUUGUCUGAAAAAUAUCAUAUACCUAUAUUUAAGUUAUUCAGUAUGUAUGUACCUACUCAUUGUACUUUAAAUUAUAUUAUAAUUUACUCGAUGAAGAAAAAAAAAAAAAUGUCUACUAGUUUUUAUGCAAACAAUAAAACGAAAUUAGAUUUUAAUGAAUGCUCGUAUGCAAGGUGAAAUGUUUAUCAUGAUCCAGCGAAUAUCUACCACGAUUUUGAGCAAAGUUGAUGAUUUUUAGAGAACAAUAUUUUUUCAAAUCUGAGUAAAAAAAAGAGAAAAGAAACAGUUGCUGUCAUUUUAAAAUCAAAAUUUGACAAUCAUUUAAGGCAUUAGGAGCGGGAGUAAACAAAAUUCAAACAAUUCAAAAAUGAUUGAAAAAACAGAAAUCAAAUUUACUUCAAAAUCUCCCGGAAAAUCGACUGAUCAUGAUAAUUAAAAAAAAAAAAAUCACCCUGUAUAGGUACGAUAAAAUAUACCUAUGUUCUCUGAGAGCAUUAUUUUUCUUGCUGCAAAUAGGCAAUCUACAAAUCUACAUAUAGGUAUCUUGAACCUUGAAGUUCAAUAUACGCGUAGAUAAUAGAGAAUGUUAAGUACCUACACGCUGUGAUAUUAUAUUUAAUUAGAUAUAUUUUAUUAUUAUUAUUGUUAUGUAUUGAAAGAUACAAUGUAAAAUAUGUAAUGAUUUAGAAAUGACAAAACAAUAAAUCUAAGACAUUUUUUUUUUCCGUUUA